AUGGCGAGCAAAAACCGCGUGAGAAAGAUGCUUCAAGCAAUUGCAGAUGAGAAGACGAUAGAGCAGCCCUUCCUAUUCAGCGACCUUCAUCCACAACUGCGCAACAACAUCUACGAGCUCAUUUUCUAUGCUGGACACGCCACCACCCCGGAAGACAUGGAGAUAUCGACGCUUUUGGAACAUGGUCCCAGCAGUGCGCUAACCCUCGUCAACCGGGCCAUACGUGCCGAAAGUAAUUCACAUCAGGCUGACAAGGGCACGUGUCAGAAGCACGGAUUGGAGGCCUUCCUCGAGUCGGCAAAGCUAGUGCCAGCGGCUCUCAGUAGUCUCCAAGAGGUUAUCAUUCGGUUCGAGGAUAUCUGCCUGAAUCGCUAUUGCCAUGCUCUGCACUUGAGCUGCGACGAUACGGACUCUGCGGCUGCGUCCCGCUGCGCCGUCAUCUUUCACUGGGCUUUCAAUGUCGAACGCGCCGCGCCCAUGGGCGAAGCGACUUCCUCUGCGCGAAGGGGAGGGUCGGAGAGCCCCGCCUCGUCGGUGGCGGCGAAAGGCUGUCUUGAUAGACUGACAUUUGAGGCAAAUGUCUGUCUCCGGGUCAUUGAGGGAGGCAAUCUCGGAGGCUUCCAUGUCCCCAACUGCAUAGAAAUGCUCAUGCUGUGUGCAAGCAAGGCUGAGAGGCGUUGGCGCGGAUAG